AAGGCAGUUUCUGUCUGUAAUUAGAUAUACUACUUAAAAUGUAGUAAACAACAUUACUGUAGAUGUUUCUUUUAUAUGGCAGAAUGUGAGCUCAGCUUCAGUGUGUGUGAAACACUUCCAAAAGCAUUUUACAAAAUUCCAAAGCAUUUUUUGAUGUCCUGUAUUAAGUUCUUGAUGAUGAUUUCUGUAUUUGUAGGUUUCCUAGUUUAUUGUGAAUAACCUUGUGCUCACUAGGAGGUGAAACCCAAAAUGCUAAUGAAGUAAAAUAACAUCCACACUCUAUAUCUGAGUAAAUGUUGGGAGGAAAUGUAAUGUUUUUAUUCACAUUCAGUGUUGUGAUGGCAGAAACAAGGAUUGGGGAAAUGUUUUAUCUUCUGAAGUGUUUGAAAUUCCAUUUUACUUGUAAUUUGCUUUUAGUAAUGUAAUCACACUUUCCUCUGAUAACAGCAAUGUUAUUGCAGAGUCAGGAGCUUACGCUCCUGUGCAAUCAGUGGCUGAUAGUUACAAUCACUGAAGGUGACCCAUGUUGACAUGAAGUUAUGAGUUUCAAGUAUUAUUUAGCAUUGUUAUGAUAGACCCGACCCUGAAUAGUGCUAGAACCUUUAGCUGAGGCUUUGUAAAAGCAAGGUGAAAGCAGCUCUUAUCUGAAAGGCUUUUUAGCUUAAAACAUCAUACCAUAUACAGAAAGGUUCCUAGUUCCUGUAACCACUUUGAGGAAGACCAACAACCAGACUGAAAAGCUUAAAAACACAGCUGUCAACACAGUCGUGCUGAACUAGAACAUAUUCUAAAUUUGAUCUCUUUUAAACCCUUGGUAAAUAAGGACGUUUAAGGACGUAUCUGUGUCAGAUGGCCAGACGCUGCAGUCUAGAGUCUCUAGAGGAGCAGCUGCGUUGCCCUGUGUGUCUGGAGGUCUUCUCUGAGCCGCUUAUGCUGCAGUGCGGCCACUCGUACUGCCGUGGUUGUGUGCGCUCUAUGGGCAUGGAUCCUCUGGGGCAGCUCCAGUGUCCUGUGUGUCGCUGUGCAGUGGAUGGGGACAGCCCUCCACCUAAUGUUUCACUGGCUCGCAUUGUGGAUGCCCUGCGGGAGAUCAGUGAACCAGGUCAAGGCCCUCCAGAGACAUGCAACCAACACCAUAAUCCCCUGAGUCUGUACUGUGAGGAAGAUCAGACACUGAUCUGUGGACUGUGUGGCAGCAUCGGAAGCCACAAAGCACACAAGGUCACGCCGAUCAGCAGCGUCUACAGCCGAAUGAAGGAGGACAUUUCCUGUCUGCUGACUAACUUUCAGACACAGAAGAGGAAACUGGAGGAGCAGAUUUGUAAAAUGGCCUACAAUAAGUCUCGCAUUACAAAUGAGUCGGACGUGCUGAAGUGGGUGGUGCGGAAGGAGUUUGGGGAGCUGCGACACUGGGUGGAACUCGAGGAGGCCAGCUUCAUGCAGAAGGUAGAGAACACCGCCUCGACUCUCAUCUCCUCAAUCCAGACCCAGGCUGAUCACAUGAGUCAGCUGCUGGCUAAGUUCCAGGAGGCUGAAGGCACACUAGAAGCCCUGAGCAACGAGAACCAUCUGGACUUUAUCACUAAAUAUGGCUCUAUAGCCCCAAGGUUUCGAGAGAGCCAGCAGAGAGAACAGAAGAACGAGAGGACCUACAGCUCCAUCAGCUUUAAGCCAGGCUUUAAUCACAGUGAUAUCAAAAUGACUGUAUGGAAGAGAUUACACAGGAGAGUUUUACCAGCUCCCGAAUUGCUGAAUUUUGACCCUCUCACAGCUCACCCGAUGCUGCACCUCACUGAAGACCUCACCACGGUGAAGUGUGGAGUCCUCGUCAACCGCCUGCCCAACAAUCCUGAGCGUUUCAGCUACAGCUACUGUGUGCUGGCCAACCGUGGCUUUUCAUCAGGCAAGCACUACUGGGAGGUCCAGGUGGGAGAGAAACCAAAAUGGAGGCUGGGGUUAAUCAAAGGGACUACUUGCCGUAAGAGUAAGCUUCCCAAGAGCCCUGAGGGAGGAGUGUGGCUGAUUGGGCUAAAGGAGGGUCGGCUGUAUGAGGCCUUCACCACUCAUCGUGUCUCUUUGCCCCUCAUGAGUCAGCCACAACGCUUGGGGGUUUUCCUGGACUAUGACAGAGGAGAGCUGACCUUUUAUAACGCGGACAGUCCAGAUGAGCUUGGAUUCAUUUAUUCCUAUCAGGCUGAGCUGCAGGGGAAGGUCUACCCACUGUUUGACGUGUGCUGGCAUGAGCGUGGUGCCAACAAGAUGCCAAUAAUCCUGCCACGGCCAUUCACUGAAGCCUAGAGAGAUUAGCCUAGAAGCAAUUAUAGCUGUGGUUAUAAACUUGUAUGAUAGUUUACUGAGAGUAUAACUGUAAAUAAAUAUAUAAACUAUUUGAUAAACUACUAAAAGUAUAAAAUAAUUUCAAUUGCCGUUUUUUUACAUUUAGUCUGCUUCAGCAUGAAUAUAAAUUCCUGUAUUUUUGCAGUUAUUUUGGAACUGUAAAAAAAUUUGUAAAAUUUUUUAAAAGAUUUUGAUGAGUGUA